CCUCACUUCUCGAGUGUUCGUUCGUCUCACAAAGGAUACCACCUACUGAACGGGCAUUGAAGGUCAGAAAAUAUGUGGGAUUUUCUCUGAAAAUGCUGCGUUGCAGAGCUAGAGCGCUUCCUGUAUUGUAUGGCUAAUGCCGGUAGUCGCCAUUUUAUCGCUGGCGGAUAAUGCGCAUGCGCUUAUAUUUAGCACAGGCUUACCUCGACCGGGUCCGCUUGCUCUGUCUAUCUUGAAGGCGCAAGAAGUCACAACGAAUGGCGUUUAUCGACUCUCGCGUGCUAUCUACUACUGUAGCUAGCUCGUGUCAGACUCUAUGCGAGCUACUUCGCCGAGGGUUUGCACUUUAGUGCUUUUCAUUGAGUUU